ACCCUUCGGGGAGCCCUGGGAAAGGAAGGAGGGGGGGGGGAAAUUUGCGUUUUUUGGGGGGUCCCGCCGCGAUUUUGGGGGCCUCGGGCCUGGUUCUGGGGCCUUCCGUGUUCACCGCGCGGUUGCCAUGGUGAUGCGUCGCGCCUGGAUGACGCGCGUGGUUGCGGCAGCCAAUCAGCGGUGAGGGGGCGGUGUCAUUUUGGGCGCGUCGGGAAGGGGGAACCGCAGCGCUGCCUGACCCAAGCGAUAUCGGCGGGGGCUUGAGGGCUGUCGGGGCUCUGCGGAUGCUGUCGCGAUACAGAAAAUACCGUGAUAAGCGCGGCGGGGCGCUUGGGUCUCGUUCUGUCGCGGCAAAGCGGCGCGGGGCCUCCCGGCGGCGUCGCGCUAGGCCGCGUUUCCAUGGCGAUACAGGGGCGUGGUCAUGGGCGUGGCCAGUUCCUCACGGCUGCUCCUCAUUGGUCGGUGGGCGGAGCUCGCAGGGUUUCUCCGCCCCUUUCCCCGGCCGCCAGGGGGCGCCACGCGCGGAGCGGGGGCGAGCGCGGGGAAUGGAGCUGCGCGGGGGGCCCGACCCCGCCAGGAGAAGGAAAAAGCGCAAAAAGGACAAAAAACCGAAAGCACCCCCAAGGACCCCCAGCCCCCCCGGCCAGGUGUCCCCAGACCCCCCCCCGGCGCUGCCAUCGCUGUCCGAGUCUCUGCUGGGCUCCGACGAGGGGGAGCAGGAGGACCCCCGCGAUUACUGCAAAGGGGGGUAUUACCCGGUCCGGAUCGGGGACCUUUUCCACGGGCGCUACCACGUGGUUCGCAAGCUGGGCUGGGGACAUUUCUCCACCGUCUGGCUCUGCUGGGACCUCCGGAGGAAACGUUUCGUGGCGCUGAAGGUGGUGAAAAGCGCCCCCCAAUACACGGAGACGGCCCUGGAUGAGAUCAAGCUGCUGAAAUGUGUGCGGGACUCAGACCCCAGCGACCCCAACCGUGAGAACAUCGUGCAGCUCAUCGACGACUUCAAGAUUUCGGGGGUCAACGGUGUCCAUGUCUGCAUGGUGCUGGAGGUGCUGGGGCACCAACUGCUGCGCUGGAUCAUCAAAUCCAACUACCAGGGGCUGCCCCUGCCCUGCGUCAAGAGCAUCGUCAGGCAGGUGCUGGAGGGGCUGGAUUACCUGCACACCAAGUGCAAGAUCAUCCACACGGACAUCAAGCCCGAGAACGUGCUGCUCUGCGUGCACGAGCCCUACCUGAGACACCUGGCGGCGCAGGCCGCGCGCUGGGCACGGGGGCACGGCCCCCCCCGCGGGGCAGUGAGCUCGGCACCCCAGGAGGAACCUGAGCGGCUGUCGCGGGCUCAGCGGCGCCGCCGGCGGCGGCGACAGCGGCGACAGCGGCAGCUCCUGGCGGAGCGGCUGCGGGACCUGGAGCGGCUGCGCGACACCGCGGGGACACCGGGGACAGGCAGCGACACCGAAGCCCCCCCGGACCCCCCGGAGGAAUGUGGGGGGAGCCCCCCGAGCGGGGCCUCGUCCUCGGGGGUGCACACGCUGCCGGCGGGGGGGGGCUCCAGCGAUGGAUUUUCGGGGGGCUCCUGCGCCUCCAGGGGGGGCCCGGGACCCCCCCGGCGCCCCCCAAGCCCCAGCUCGGCCUCGGACUCGCUGUUCACCCCCACCUCCGGCUCCCUCAUUUCGGGGGGCUCCGAGGGGCUCCCCAACCCCCUGGGUGAGGGGGGGCUGCCGGGGGGGCAGGAGAACCCCCUGGACCCCCGCGCUGCCCCCCGGCUGCGCAUCAAGAUCGCCGACCUGGGCAAUGGCUGCUGGGUGCACAAACACUUCACCGAGGACAUCCAGACCCGGCAGUACCGGGCGCUGGAGGUGCUGCUGGGGGCGGGGUACGGCCCCCCCGCCGACAUCUGGAGCACGGCCUGCAUGGACCCCCCUGUGCCCCCGCAGGCGUUCGAGCUGGCCACGGGCGAUUACCUGUUCGAGCCGCACUCGGGGGAGGAGUACAGCCGCGACGAGGACCACAUUGCCCACGUGAUCGAGCUGCUGGGGGAGAUCCCGCGGCACGUGGCCCUCGGGGGGCGCUACUCCCGCGAGUUCUUCAACCGGAGAGGUGAGCUGCGGCACAUCCGGCACCUGCGGCCGUGGGGGCUGCGGGCGGUGCUGCAGGAGAAGUACGAGUGGCCGCGGGGGCCGGCGGCCGCCUUCGCCCGCUUCCUGCGGCCCAUGCUGGCCUUCGAGCCCGCCCGGCGCGCCACGGCCCGGCAGUGCCUGCAGCACCCCUGGCUCCGCCCCUAGCCCCGCCCACCGCCUCAAUAAACCACGGGGUACCGCU